CAUAGCAAUCCUUAUAGCUCGUCGCCAUUUUCUCCCAAGUUUGUCAUUAUCACUUAACAUUUUACAGUUCAUUCUCCUGUCUCCGAUGGCGGCUUCUGUCUCCACCGUAGGUGCUGUUAACCGAGUGCCGUUGAAUUUGAAUGGCUCCGGUGCCGGAUCCUCGAUUCCGAGCUCGGCUUUCAUGGGGAACAGCUUGAAGAAAGUGAGUCCGAGGUUCAACAAGGUUCCGUCGGGGAGUUUCAAGGUUGUGGCGGCCAAAGAGGUCGAAGAGAGCAAGCAGACCGACCAAGACCGAUGGAGGGGACUGGCUAACGAUAUUUCUGACGACCAACAAGACAUCACUCGAGGGAAAGGAAUGGUUGAUUCCCUCUUCCAAGCUCCCAUGAAUGAUGGAACUCACUAUGCUGUCAUGAGUUCCUAUGAAUACAUCAGCCAAGGGCUUAAACAGUACAACUUGGACAACAACAUGGAUGGGUUCUACAUUGCCCCAGCGUUCAUGGACAAACUUCUUGUUCACAUAACCAAGAACUUCAUGACCCUCCCCAACAUUAAGGUUCCUCUCAUCUUGGGUAUUUGGGGAGGAAAAGGUCAAGGAAAAUCAUUCCAAUGUGAGCUCGUAUUUGCCAAGAUGGGAAUCAACCCCAUCAUGAUGAGUGCCGGAGAAUUGGAAAGCGGGAACGCCGGAGAACCGGCUAAGUUAAUCAGGCAGAGGUACCGUGAGGCCGCUGACAUCAUCAGAAAGGGAAAAAUGUGCUGCCUCUUCAUCAACGAUCUCGACGCUGGUGCCGGUCGUAUGGGAGGAACGACACAGUACACGGUGAACAACCAGAUGGUAAACGCCACACUCAUGAACAUCGCCGAUAACCCGACAAAUGUCCAGCUCCCUGGAAUGUACAACAAGGAAGAAAACCCUCGUGUCCCGAUCAUUGUCACCGGUAACGAUUUCUCGACGCUGUAUGCGCCACUCAUCCGUGAUGGUCGUAUGGAGAAGUUCUACUGGGCACCUACUAGGGAUGACAGGAUCGGUGUUUGCACUGGUAUUUUUAGGACCGACGGUAUUCCCCAAGAAGACAUUAUCAAGCUUGUUGACACAUUCCCUGGUCAAUCCAUUGACUUUUUCGGUGCUGUGAGGGCCAGAGUUUACGAUGACGAAGUAAGGAACUGGAUCGGAGACACUGGAGUCUCCAGCAUCGGUAAGAAGCUCGUGAACUCGAGGGAAGGGCCACCGACAUUCGAGCAACCGAAGAUGACCAUCGAGAAGCUGUUGGAAUAUGGAAACAUGCUUGUCAAGGAGCAAGAGAAUGUGAAGAGAGUUCAAUUGGCUGACAAAUACUUAAGUGAAGCUGCUCUUGGAGAUGCUAAUGCAGAUGCCAUCAACAGAGGAGCUUUCUGAAUGGGAAACUAAGCAAAAGCUUAGGGUCUUUUCUGGGGAAAAUAUAUGGGGUUCAAAGCGAUGUGGGAUAAUUUUCAUGAAUUUUGUUUUCCUUUUGUUUUAAGUGGAUUUGUAUACUCUAUUUUUGUCUUAUAAAUCUCCACUUUCUUUUGUCUUAAAAACAAUGUGUUGCGUUUAUCGUGA